AAUGUCUCCCUUCUCAGAUCCUUAUGUUGCAGCUCUGCAAUCAUUCUACAACGCGACCAGCGAGAAAUACACAGCCCAAAGCUCUUCGUUCCACAACCAAAGCGCAAGCCAUCUCGUCGAAGCCGCCGGUCCAGCAAUCCAAGAAGGCAGCUGGGUACUAGAUCUCGCGACAGGCACGGGAAACGUUGCUUUUGCCUCGGCAUCUAAAGUAGGCAGUGCCGGUCGCGUAAUCGGUAUCGAUAUAUCGGAUCAGAUGUUGGCGUUUGCGGCGCAGAGAGCUCAACAGGAAAAUCUGAAAGACCGCGUGCAGUUCUUUCACCAAGACGUCACGAACAUGAAUCUCUCGGAACACGUUCCAUUGCGUCGAUUCGAUGCUUUGACUUGUGGGAGCGCAAUUGCAAUGUUUCCAGAUCACCAGGCAGUGCUCCGUGCAGCAUCAACGCAGAUAUUGAAACCUGGUGGCGUCUUUGUUGCAGAUAUGCAUGGCACGCAUGUACCAGCGAGGAUCUUUCUAGAAGUUGCUAUACCGAGAGGAUUCAAUCCUCCUUUUGAUGCAGCGUGGAUUGAUAAGACCGAGGAAUGCUUGGUGAAACUCUUCGACAAUAGCUUAUUCGAAGUCAAAUAUACUGGUGCUAGGGACAUCGGAUCUGAGUCUAUGAAGUGGGAUGUGAGCAGUGUUGAGGCUACCGAGAAGUUGUGGAUGAGCGUCGUCGACGAUUCGCCCUGGUUGACUUUCGGUCUACAAAACCUUCCCCGGGAAGUAAUUGCAGAGAUCAAAGAGGAAUGGGUGAAGAGUGUGGUUCAACACAGUGGCUUGGACGGAUACUUGUCUUGUCACAUGAAACAAUAUGUUGUGGUAGCACAGCUGAGGCCUACGUGA